AUGAAUGACUACGAUGGCCCUGACAUUUUCGAACCAGAGCAAAGCCAUGAUGCCCUGCAGCCGACUACAUCUACAGGCACAACGGAGCACGAACAACCACCCCAGCUUAAUGCUAUUACCUUGGAGGAUCAGAAUCCUGAGUCUAAAUACCGGCGAGUCAUAGAAAAGCGAACUAAGCAGCGCGAUGACUACAAGAACCGGUAUCGAGCAGCGGCAACGCAAUUGACCAAAUACAAACUUUCCGACGGAGGAUUUCCACAGCUGGAUGAUAGCUACUUGAUAGGACGGGUGGAAAUUCUCCGGGACAAAAUCUGGAGAUUCGGUCUUCGUCAUUAUGAAGAGGGAAAAGGGUUCAACCCUAGUGGACGAGAAAUUCUACCGGGUCGCGUCUUCGUUAAGCACACUAAGCACAACCUGCACCCCGACAUAACCCCUCAAAGGGCCCUUGAAUCUGCCAAAUGGUGCCCCAUGAUCAUUGAAACCUUUAUGUGGGAUUACCUCGUCUCUGAAGUCUUCAACCAGUUCUGUUGGGCGGGCAAGAAUGGAAACCAUAUGGGCGAUGUUUAUAGGAUUAUGAAAAGAAACCAGUCGACUGCGGCCGAGCUUCAGAGUUUCCAAACGUGGUCAGCCACUACAACCAAGCUUAUCCGUGAGUCCAUGGGGCGCGGGGAGUCCGGAUGGACUGGGAGUUACAGAAAAUUAUUGAAUGAUCUCAUGAACGAUGCAUAUGUAGCGAUCCAACCACAUCUUGUCGCCGAGCCCGGUGAGAUGAAAAAAGAAAUCCGCGAGAUCUUACAAACCGCAAUCGAACUGGACGAAGAGCUAAGCCAGCUGCUGGCCCAUUUUAACUGGGAGUUUCCCAGGUUAGGAGAAGAAUUUGACGAGGAACGGAUGAAACUUGCGGAAAAGGAGGAGCUUCAUUCAACGAAAUCAAUUAACAUCAUCAUCUGUCCGGGAAUCACGAAACGGGGGCAGUCCGGAAACUUUGACAAGGUAGACUGGCUUGUACCCAUCAAGGUGUCUUGUUCCACUCCAAUCGCCGUGACCCCCUCGAUCCGUCACCAACUCAGAGAAGGGAAGUCCAAAUUAGAACAAUCCGUGAAUAAGUGCAUAACUGGGUGA